AUGAAAUUUCCCUCUCAGAAGAAAAAAAACUGACUGAAGUCUUGCUACAUAAUUCUCUAUUUUUAAUUCACUACCAAAAGUGCUUUUGAAUUUUAGACAUUUAAGCACCAUGAAUCUCAGAGAAGAAUGUGGCUCUGCCUCCCAAAAUACACUGCCACUUACUUGUAAAAUGGUUGAUCUCAAAAAGAUGCUGAUAGUCAUCCAGAGUUUCCACUAUUUACACCAAACCACAAAGUACCCAGCAAGCGUGACUAUGUCUGUGUCAAGGGGCACCAGCAUCACAUCAGAAGAAAUAUACCUAAAACAGAAAUAUGGUAAAUCCUAAGUUCUCUAAAAGUAAAAUAUUUAGUGUGGAUUUCUAUUUUGUAGUCAGAGCUCCAUCAUAUUUUCUUCUAAUACUAAUAGUCAUUCCAGUAAAUAUCUAAUCACAGCCAAGAAGCAACCUCCAAGGUGAGCCUUUGUCAUAACCUGGGAGGUUGAUGUAACAAUCCCCAUGAUGACCAGCGCUUCAGUCACUAUACUGAUCACUACUUACUUGCCCAGGAAUGCCACUAAGCCCAGAGGAAAGACCUGUGAAAGUGCUCAGUGCUCCUGUGCCUCAUGGCUGAAGAUGGAUCACCCAAACUUUAUUCUCAUCCACCAAGAGAGAGCAGUAAAACACCAACAGAAGCAGCCAUCUUCUUUGGGGCUGACAACACCAUUCCUAAAUCAGAAACAACUAUUACCUCUGAAGGAGACCAUAUUACUCCAGUAAACGACUGCACACCAGAUGGUGAUUUUUCUACUACAAUCAACAAGCUCACACCGACCAAGAAAAAGCUCAAGCUGGAAGAUGAUAUCGAGGCCAAUCUGAAGUUAACAACUCUUUCAGAGAAAGAAAUUACUCCGACUGAAACUCCAAUCUCUGAAAAUUUCAUCCCGGUGCAACUGGGAAACAUCUCAUCCCCAGUUGGUACUGUUUCUUUAAUAGAUUUUUCAAGUAACAUGGCAAAAGAAGACAUCAUCUUGGCCACCAUUGACACGGGAGACAAAGAAAUCCUACCCACUGCUGAGCUCUCUGGCACACUGCAGGACAGCACUGACAAUUCGGAAGACGCCUCUGAACUUCCAGAUGAAAACAAAGAAACUGAUGGCUAUUCCUCAACCAAUUCCGAUGUUCCUGAUGAUGGAGCUGUCCAGGUCACUGACUCCUUGAGUCCUGAGGCUGAGAUGCCUCCCUCUCCUGAAAAGGAGGUCACCACCCCUCCAGACACAACCAACAUUGCAGAAGAGAACACAACUGAAAUGGACCUGAUUGUUUCAGAGGAUACCCCCAAAGCUGCGACUAAAUUAACUGACUCAGAUGAAGAAAAAUUUAUCACUGUUUUUGAACUCACUAACUCUGCUGAAAAAGCCAAAGAUAACCCAGAAGAUGCUUUAACUGAUGAGGAAUCGACUGAUGGAGUUAAUGCUUGGAUGGAGAAAGAGACUGUGAAUGAGGCAGAGAACCAUUCUGUUUUGCUUACUACUGUUGAAUCCAGGUAUGAUUGCAUUGUCCCUGCCUCAGGAAACAAAAACAUCAUGGAGGAACCAACCGCUAACACAACAGAAGAUCUAUCUGAAAAUGAUACAACAGAAUCGGUAACUAAGGACACAGAGGAGUUUCCUUCAGUGACAUCUAUAGUAGAUACCCUUAAACACAAGGAGGACUCUUCUACAGCUGACUCUGCUAUCUUCAAAUUGCUGAAAGAAGAACCCGAUGACCUAAUGAUGUAGAAGCAGCAACAUAAGGGAGGCCAUGUAGAAGUACACAACGAAUUAAAAGGUAGUCUUGAUGUCUAAGAAGUUACUCAACAAGAAAAGUCUUGAAAAGAAAAAAGAAAAAAUACUGUGGGCAUUUAAGGCAAGUAUUAGACUUAGAAAAUACAUAUGUCUAUGAAUAGAGGUCAUGUAGCAGAAUAUAUUUCAGAGCAAUUUUAAAACCAACAAUCUCAGUACUUUCCUGGUUACCAUGGCUUGUUAUAUAACAACUUACCUUAAAGCGAAAUAUUCCAUACUAGAUUUUAAAGAUAGGAAGAGGGCAAGAGUUGAAGGAAUCCAUUUCUUGUGACAUUAAAUAUGUGCCAUUUCAGCUCAUUCUGAAUAUUAUAAUUUAGUGAAAUUAAGGCUAUAACGAGAAUCAAGUAACAUUACUAAAGCAUUAAAAAGUUUUCUGAAACUUGUAUUCUAAAAUUUUCCUUUUUAAUAUCACACAUGUGAUUUUCUUCUGUUAGAGUACAGAUCUGAAACCCUCACUAAUGUAAGAAUUCAAGCUUCGUGAUAGUUGCUAAACACCCAUGUGUGACGUAAGAAAUCAGACAUGCUUCUUGGCUCAUAUUUGAUACUGACUAAAAUAAAAUGUUAGUUUUACAUAUAUGUUCAUUUGAAAAAUAAUGUAUAAACAUGAAUCGAUUUAAUGUGCUUUCUGCUAAGAUUUACAUCCUGAAUUUUUGUCAAUUUUUUUCAGAUCAUAAACGUUGAAUAUUGUACUCCUUUUAGGCUGUUGGUUAGCAAUUCAAGGACACAUAUCUUCAUCUUCUUUUCUGACAAAGACUUUCCAAAUGAGUCUGUUGUCACU